AUGCCUCCACCUUCCGCGAGGGGGCGCAGCGCGGUGCCGUCCGGGCGCUCCGGCGGGAGGGGCGCGAAGUCCCUGGGUCAGCGAGCGCUUGUUGGAAUCUUGCGCAAGACCGAGGCAGGGUCAGGCGCCCGUACGAGGCAGCGAGGGGCCCUUUCCCCAUUGCCCGGGCCGCCAGUCCACCCUGCCUCCUUUGCGCGGUCUACACCGCCUGCGCCGUGCCGACUCGGACGAUCGAUCGCUGGAGGGGACGGGCUGUCGCUUCGUGUCACUGGGUUUGCGUGGCAGAAGCACACAGGAAAGAUCUUGUGCCGUGUUCCUGACAUUGUAUGUCAUCCUUGGGAGAAUGGAAAAAACCGCCAGGAAAAUCACUCUCUGGGUCUGGGUCUUGGGGUUCUGAUGAGAAAGGCACGACUGAUUCAGAGCAGUCCUCAAACAUAUUUCUGGAAUGUAUCCGCUGCUGGAAGUGAGUCUGGUUUCUUCAUUCCGCCUUCAGCUGUCUCUGGGACCUGUGAGGGAGGGGUGAAGGCCCGUGAACAUGGCUACUCUAGAGUCUUCCCUGAGGGGUUUCAGAGCCACCUGACGUCUAGGUUUCUUCCCAUCUGUAACAGGACUGUCAGCCCUGAAACCCAGCUCGUGAGACAGAGCCAGCCAGAACCCCACGAUCUUGUCAACUCCCAGAAGCCUAUGGCCAUCCAGACAUCAACCACGAGGAACCAUCAAACCAAGUCUGUGCCUGCUGGGUUUGCCUGGGGCCACGAGGUGGGUGGAAGGACAGGGGAGCCCUUUAGAGGGCGCUGUGGUCUCUGACCCUGCAGUCAGGGCUCCCUUGGAAAGCAGCUUAGGGGAUCUCUGCGGUUGGUCAUAGAUGAUGCCUCAGUAGCAGAAUUUCCUCUCCUGGGCACUGGGGCUCUCACUGCUACUGAGGUCAGUGGCUGGGCAGUGGUAUCGCUAAGCAUCUGGUCACGGGGAGGCAGGGGCGGAAACAGCCCUGCAGCCCAUACACGUGCAUUUCCAUCCAGCAGAGCAAGGUCAAAGGAGCAGCACUGAGUCUGGGGUGAAGUUCUGGGGUGCAGAAGCCAGCAGAGCUAGAAAGGACCACUAGGUCCGUCUCUUCUAGAAACGAAGAAUACGUAGCCCACAGACGAAAUCGGUCACCUAACGCCAGGGCUGUUGCUCUCCCAGCCCUCAUUUCAGGAGAUUCUUACCCUGGUGUCUGCUUUCAGUGCCCAGAACAUCAUGCAAUUGAAGACACAGCUAGGGGUGACCCUGGGUCCCUGUCCCCAGUAAGACAGGUGCCCCUUGUGGGCCAGGAGAGCACUGAGCGGCUAAUUAAGGGGACCACAGCUUGGCUGCGAGUCGCAGCUCUCAGGGGCUCCUCCUUAUCCCUUCUCAGAUCUAUGCAUUGGCUGUGACUGGCUCCCCUGGCCUUCCGGCUGAUUUUGAGUAAGGUAUAGGCAUCUCUUUUUCUAAACAUACCCUAAAAUAUUAACGCUUCCACUUUCCAGAGCCCAAAUCAUAAGUGACAUUUGAGAAACAAAAUGAGAAAAAAAACAUGCAAAGGAGUACUGCAUUUUGUGAAUGUUAUAUUGUUACUAACGCUGAUUCCUUA